GGAAGUAGCCACUAAAGAACUGAACUGUUGUGCUCAUGGAAAAAGAGCGACUGUAAGUGGGUAUCCCUCUGAAGUUUAGAAAUACACAUCCCCAGUUUGAUAGGGAGGUUAUGACACAUUGUCCAUCUGUGUCCCAAAGUGACAGGAGCCAUGAAGCUUCGGCUGCACUUUGUGAUGGACCCCAUGGGCUGGUUCUGCACCAGUAUGGUUUUCGCCAUCUGGCUCUACAACUCCUUCUUCGUCCCCAAGUUGGUGCUACUGCCCCAUUUCUAUGAGGGGAAUAUCCCUUGGGCCUUGGUUGUCAGUUACUACUUUGCAUCAGCCCUCUGUAUGGGUGCACUUUUUAGAGCUUCUACAGCCGAUCCUGGCCGACUCCCACCCGACCCCCAAAUCCCUCACUCAGAGCGAGAGCAGUGGGAAAUGUGUACCAAGUGCAACACGAGGAGACCAAAAAGGUCCCACCACUGCAGUCGUUGUGGCCAUUGUGUACGUAGAAUGGACCACCACUGUCCAUGGAUCAAUAAUUGUGUAGGGGAGGACAACCACUGGCUCUUCUUGCAGCUCUGUUUUUACACACAGGUCCUCAGUUUGUUCACCCUGGCUCUAGACUUCUGCCAGUACUAUUACUUCCAGCCUUUGACCACAUUGGACCAGGAGGCAUUCAUGGCACGUCAUGAGCUCGCCCUGAUACGAGUGUCUGCGAUCAUGGGUCUGGUGAUGAUCGGAGGCAUGAGCAGCCUCUUCUAUACUCAGAUGGCUGGCAUCCUGACAGACACCACCACCAUUGAGAAAAUGUCUCACUUCUCAAAUGAAAUAGUCCGGUCUGGUGGUGGGUCAAAGAAAUCCUGGCAGCGGACUCUGGCCGAGGUGUUUGGCACUACCUGGAAAAUCCUGUGGUUCGUCCCGUUGAGGAGCAGGCAACCACUGACCUUUCCCCACCACUUCCGCAGUCACGUGUAGAUAAGUGGAGCUCUGUCCCACUUCAGUCCAGACGGCAGGCUGCCAUCUCCGACAGAGAAUACACUAUGCACACUCAGCGCCCCCCACCUGCCUUCACCUCCCUGUUUUGUGCCACCUAAACUGAUUAGUAGUAUUGGUUGGCCAGUGCAUACCUUUUCGUCUUUUCCUAUAGGAAUCACAUUGAAAGUGCUUGAACUGAGUCACAAGCUCCUCGACAGUCGAAAGACAUUUGACCAAAUGCAACCUAAUGCCCUCCCUUAUAUACUUACUAGGGGCUCCAUUGUGCUCUGUUGUCACAUUGAGGGAACCACUUUAAGGGGACAUUUCUUUUUAAAGGGAACUUUGACAGAAGGGAAAUCAAUAAGAACUACAAGUUGAUUGUAGGGCCAUGUAGACCUUCAAACGACACUAAAUGCUAACUCUAACUCAAUAGCCAAUAGACAGCCAAUUGAAAAAUAUUUAUAAUUUGUGUCGCCUUCUUGGGACUCAUGGUCCAUUCAUGUGUCAUAAAUCAACAGUGUUUCUGCUGUUGUCUGGUGGGCUGUGGCCUGUUGUUUUCAAGAUAACAAAAUGAAAUUUUUAGUCCGUCUCCCAAGUGGUUUGUAUACUUGCCUUUUUACAGAAGGCUAUACAAGUAAUUAUUUAGGUUAGAAGUUGAUAUCAAGUGGUGGACAUAUUGGUUUGUGGAUUGCUAUAAGAAAGAGUAUUUCCAUGAUUGAGCUGCAUUCCAUAAUGAUAUUGUAAAAGAGUUCCUUUGUUUGACUUUUUUACCCAUAUUUUUUAAAGAAUGUGUUAUGAUGCUCCUACCAAAAACAAAUGCCACUAGUAACACCUGAUUUGAACAAUGUUAUAAUGCCUAGUACAGAAGGCAAACUUAAAGUUGCCAUGAAACUCAUUAUGUGUCGCAUCUUUGAUAAUUGCUCCAUAACCCUUUUUAUGAAGGGUUUGAAGGAGAAUUUACUCACCUGGCUAAAUAAAGUUAUAAUAUGGUUCUACUAUUAAUAUAUUAUGCACUGAAACACAAGUUUUAGUGUACCACAGAUCAGGGUUGCAACUUCCACUGGGGACGGGGACGGGGGGGACAUAUCACCCCCCCGACACAUUCUGAAGUUGCAUUUUUGCCCCCCCCCCCCCAUUUUAUAAUUGGAAUGUGAUACAAAACGAGGGAAAGGUGGGUUUUAGGACCGUGCGAUGCCUCCGAGCGGUCGGGUUGGUUGUUUGGAGUGUUUAUCAGACUUGAUUAAAAAAUAUAUAUAUAAUAAUAAUAAUAAUGUCCCCCCCACUUCUAAAACCCAACGUUGUGCCCAUGCCACAGAUAUAUGGUAGAGACCGGCAAUGAAGGAGACCUUUGCUUGCAACAUGACUGUCUGUCAUGUAUCAUUUUGCCAUAAACUAGCCUGAUAAUAUCUAUAAUGUCAGCCUUAUGACCGUGUAACGCUGGCCUUAUGACUGUUACGCAGGCCUUAUGAUAGUAUUAUGCAGGCCUUAUGACAGGGUUCAAGUAAAGCGUUACCCAAAUAUCUUACUGUCAAAGUUGGUAGUUGACUUUCUUAGCCGUCGCAACUCAGUUGCACUGUUUGUUUCUGUAGUUCAGUUGGUAGAGCAUGGCACUUGCAAUGCCAGGAUAGUGGGUACAAUUCCCGGGACACCCUUACGUAAAAUGUAUGCACACAUAGUCGCUUUGGAUUAGGUGUCUGCUAAAUGGUGUAUAUUUUAUUUAUUAUAUUGUACAAAUAAAUAGAAAAGUACAAAUGUGUGCACUAUUCACAUACUGUAACUUACAAAAUCGAUUGAUAGAUAGCUAAUUACGUAUCGAGCUACAGGGCUUUAACAACCAACCAUGACGUAUUUUGCAUCAACAGUGGUAACCGUGUCUUUAUCUCCCACUUUCAUUACCAUCAAUUAGACAAACAUCACAGUCUUUGUUCAUCCAUUUUAAAAACAUUUUUGCUUGUUGCUUUUUCAAACCUCCACACUGCCUAAAGCCAAAUGAUUUAACCUUACCAAUGACCACAGACUAAGACUAAAAAUGUCACAAUGAACCGUAUCGACAUUAAUUUCAGGGUAUAGCAAAUAGUUGUAUUUCUGUUUAUUUGCUGUUGUACACUUUGUUGUAACAUUGUUCUUAAAUCCUCCUCCUACUACUAAAUAUGCACUGAUAUACUGUACCUCUGUGUAUUUCUUUGUACACAUUCCACUUCAUUUUUUUACUCAAGUUUUAUUUUGUUUUUAUGUACAUGUUUUAAUGACUGUUGAGUCGAUUACUUUUGAUCAUUUGAAUGUAUGAUACUAACUUUGAGUUUUCUGUACCUAGUGUGACUUAAUUAACCCAGUCUCGAGAACCCAGCAAAAAUGUGAUUUAAAUGUAUCUGCAUGUACAGCCCUUAUGUUAUCAGGGCUACAAGUAGAACACAAAACAAUUUGACAUAAAUAGUUGCAUUCAUGAGUUUUAUUGACAAUUGUCAAAAACCAACAAAAAAAGUCAGCCAAAGCAAAAAGCUGAUAAAAAUGAAUUCAUAUGAACGCUGUUAAGUGCAGAAAUUGUUUACCCACUGGGAAAUUAAUAUCCAACUCGUCAGUGACAACUCUUUGGAGUUUGAUAGCAACUAUGAGCUUGUUACAGUAGUAUAGACACUAUGUCCUGGUAUUUCCUAUGAUCUUCUAUGUAGAAGAACCCCUUAGCUUCUAACGACUUGUGUAGCAUGUGGGCAACUCGGAGCAAAAUAAUUUACACAUGCGUGUUCGUAAACGUUUUGGCUUUUCAUAGGCAGCUUUCAAUAGUUUUUAUAGCUCAAACCAUUUGGACUCAUUUUUGCAUAAAGAACCGGUCCGAGCCCCCUCGGGAUCCGCCCUUGUCUCACAACACAGCUCUAGUCAGCCCCUGUUAAUCACACAGACUAAUGGGAUCUACGGAUGCAGAAGAAAUGGAUUAAACCAAUGGUGAACCCCAGAAGUCUGUAGCUCAAACACACUAUGUUUAAAAGGGUCUAGAAGUCCGAAACGCCCCAGCGUUAUGGUGGGACUCAUUAGGUUAACGGAGUCUCAGAACACUGUUUAUGUUAGUAUCUUAUUGUUUUCAUGUUAAUUGUGAGUACAGCUGCUGUCAAUUGUCUAUCAUAUUUGUAAUUUCCUUGAUUGUUCGUAAAUGGUAGUGGACACUGAAUACUUUAUUUUUAUAACAAUAUUGUCUUUAAGUUUAAUUUCCUGGUUGGUAUUGUGUUGAUUUGUAUGUUGAUUUGUAUGAUUUGUAUACUUCAUACUUUCUUCAUCAUAUAGGAUGCAUCAUAUAUAGUAUAAGGGGAAUGUUAAUGUUGCAUUAAUGCAAAGUACAUGUUUUUUGUUUACACUUGAAGUAUCCGUCAAUGCAUCGCACAUCACCAGUAGGAGUUCUACCAACAACUGUCUUGAACCAUAGAUGUAUUUAAAAAAAAAAUUUGUUAACACUACAUCAACCAUUGCUUACAGAAUCACCAACCUACUUUGGCGUCUAACAAGGACCUUUUGUGAUGAUCUGUAUCCUCACUAUGUCCCUCAGGGCUCAGUGCCGAGUCCCCUGCUGUUCACCAUGUACAGUGCCUUCAGAAAGUAUCACACCCCUCGACUUUUUCCACAUUUUGUUGUAGGAUUAAAAUGUAUUUAAUUGUCUUUUUUUUGUCAACGAUCUACACAAAAUACUCUGUCAAAGUGGGGGAGAAAUUAUACCAUUUGUUAAAAAUAAAAAUAUAUAUAAAAUAGAAAAUAAUAAUAAAACCGUAAUAUUUUGCUUAGAUAAGUAUUCAACCCCCUGAGUCAAUACAUGUUAGAAUCACCUUUGGCAGUGGUUACAGCUUGUGAGUCUUUCUGAGUAAGUCUCUUAGAGCUUUCCACACCUUGAUUCUGCAACAUUUGCCCAUUUGAUUAUUUUCUGAAUUCUUUAAGCUCUGUCAAAUUAGUUAUUGAUCAUUGCUUGACAACCAUUUUCAGUUCUUGCCAUAGAUUUUCAUGCAGAUUUAAGUCAAAACUGUAACUCAGCCACUCGGGAACAUUCACUGUUUUCUUGGUAAGCAACUCCAGAGUAGAUUUGGGCUUGUGUUUUAGAUUAUUGUCCUGCAAAAAGGUGAAUUCAUCUCCCAGUGUCUGGUGGAAAGCAGACUGAACCAGGUUUUCCUCUAGGAUUUUGCCUGUGCUUAGCUCCAUCCCAUUUAUUUUUUAUAUUUAAAACUCCCCAGUCCUUAACCAUUACAAGCAUACCCAUAACAUGAUGCAGUCACCUUUAUGCUUGAACAUAUGGAUACUGGUUCUCAGUAAUGCGUUGUAUGUUUGGGGCAAAUCCAAUAACACUUUGUAUUCAGGACAAAAAGUGAAUUGCUUUGCCAAAUGUUUUGCACUGUUACUUUAGUGCCUUGUUAAAACAUGAUGCAUGUUUUGGAAUGUUUUAUUCUGUACGGGCUUCCUUCUUUUCACUCUGUCAAUUAGGUUAAUAUUGUGACGUAACUACAAUGUUGUUGAUCUCAUUUUUCUCCCAUUUUUCUCCCAUAAUCAUUUCUUGGUGAAAUCCCUGAGCGGUUUCCUUCAUCUCCGGCAACUGAGUUAGGAAGGACACCUGUAUCUUUGUAGUGACUGGGUGUAUUGAUACACCAUCCAAAGUGUAAUUAAUAACUUCAUCAUGCUCAAUGUCUGUAUAAUUCUAUAUUUUUUUUACCCAUCUACCAAGACGUGCCCUUUGUGAGGCAUUGGAAAACCUCCCUGGUCUUUGUGGUUUAAUCUGUGUUUGAAAUGUACUUGCUCGUCUAAGGGAAUUUACAGAUAGGACCUUACAGAUAAUUAUAUGUGUGGGCUGCAGAGAUGAGGUAGUCAAUGGAAGAAAAAAAAACAUUUUUACUCCUGAAUGUAUGUAGGCUUGCCAUAACAAAGGGGUUGAAUACUUAUUGACUGAAGACAUUUCAGCUUUUUAUUUUUAAUUAAUUUGUAAACAUUUCAAGAAACAGAAUUCCACUUUGACAUUAUGGGGUGUAGUGUGUAGGCCAGUGACACGAAAUCUAAAUGUAAUCCAUUUUAAAACCAGCCUGUAACAGAACAAAAUGUGGGAAAAGUAGGGGUGUGAAUACUUUCUGAAUUCACUGUAGGGGCCAAUUCUGACCCAACCCUCCCCCUAACUUAAUCACUUGUGAUGGUGUGUUGUCUUCUAGCACUAUGUCAUGUAAUGUACCAGUGCAGCUGUAAUCAUUGGCCUUCCUACUACUGCACUCCAUUAUGUGCCUUGAUGUUGGGAUUUUGCACUUUUUUAUUUUAAGUAAGGAAAUUGGCAUUAACAUUUGCCAUUGACAUGGAUCUACUUACAAUGUUUUAUUUGAUUUUGUUUAACCUUUAUUAGAAUCAACUUUGAAUAACUUGCUCUAGAUAAGAGUACCUCUGGCUUAAUGACUAAAAUGUAGGACAAACUAGGAAGGAGAGUCCAUGUUAAGUGUGUUGUAGUUUUAAAUCUAAUUUAAUUGGCCGAGAUGAGUCACGCAGGUUCAAAGAUAAACGUUCUUAUGUUCUUCUUGCUCUUAUAUUUAAAAAGAAAGCUGUAAUCUCUCACGGUUAGAGAUUUCAGCUUGAAGGACCAAAGUUGUGCCGACUCGUACGUUUUGCUAUUUGAUUCUCAUUCUCAUUUUCUUUCUCGGUGUAAUUAGGGAGAAUGCAUGUGUUGUGCAUAUAGCAUUUAUAUAUUCCUAACUGUUGGGUAAUGAAUUGGACUCUAACCGGACAUCAAAACAUAGACUUGGGGAUGGAUUAGAAUUUAUAGAGUCUUGAAGCUUAAUAAGCUUUUUUCCCCAGGAGAUUGCAAUAAGACAGUUAAAUUCAAUUCCAUCUCAAUUACUCUACUCAAUGCUGAUGUCUCCAUACGCAACAUAAUAUAUAUCUACAUAUAUUUAAAGGAAAUGUCUCUAAGAUGUUGAGGGGCCCCCAUUACAGUUUAUUGCACUCAUAAUACAUUUACUGAACAAAACUUUAAAUGCAACAAUUUCAACGAUUUUACUGAAUUACAGUUCAUAUAAGGAAAUCAGUCAAUUGAAGUUAAUUAAUUAGGCCCUAAUCUAUGGAUUUCACAUGACUGGGCCGGGGCGCAGCCAAGGGUAAGCCUGGGAGGGUAUAGGGCCACCCACUUGGGAGCCAGGCCCAACCAAUCAGAAUUAGUUUCCCCCACAAAAGGGCUUUAUUACAGACAGAAAUACUCCUCAGUUUCAUCAGCUGUCCAGUUGACUGGUCUCAGACAAUCCCGCAGGUGAAUAAGCCGGAUGUGGAGAUACAGGGCUCGCGGCUCGCGUGGUUACACAUGAUCUGCGGUUGUGAGGCCGGUUGGACGUACUGCCAAAUUCUUUAGAGAAAUUAACAUUCAGUUCUUUGGCAACAGCUCUGGUGGACAUUCCCGCAGUCAGCAUACCAAUUGCACGCUCCCUGAAAACUUGAGACAUCUGUGGCUUUGUGUUUUGUGACAAAACUGCACAUUUUAGAGUGGCCUUUUAUUAUCACAACAUUUAAAAAAAAUAUAUAUAUAUUGUUCAGUUCAUAUAUCUUUUGGGAACAUGUAAGGAGAGAAAUAAUGUGAAGUUAAUGUACAAAUGUUGAAUAUUAAUUUAUCUGGGUUAUAAUAUAUACAUUUUAUUUGACCAUAUGUUUUAAUCAUGGGGAAUAUAAAUGCUGCCAAGAGUUAUCUUGUAUUAAAUAAAUGGUGUAACAAAGUC